CUGCCAACCGGUUUUCUACACAGGAGAUGAUGACUCAUCUUCAGAACUUGUAAUUUUUUACUCUCUUCACUCUGUUAAAAAAUGACAUUUCUUUCUUCCCAACUUUCUCUCUCUUCUUCUUCUAUGCUCUUCAGAAACCUUCUCACAACUACUUGUCUUCAAGGUUACUUCUUUUCUCAUCAUCAACGUAAACUAUUAUCCAUUAACAGAAAACCCAUUUUGAAAAAACCUUCCUUUACGAGACCAAUCCACUCGUAUAGAGUAUUAUCAAUGGCUGAUAAACAAACCAUAUCACCACCAGCUCAAUCUCAUACUAAUCGGCUUGCUUUAGAACAUAGUCCUUAUCUUCUUCAACAUGCUCAUAACCCGGUUAAUUGGUAUCCAUGGGGUGAAGAAGCAUUUGAAGAAGCUAAGAAGAGAGAUGUCCCCAUUUUCUUAUCAAUUGGAUACAGUACUUGUCACUGGUGUCAUGUUAUGGAGGUAGAGUCGUUUGAGGAUGAACAAGUGGCUAAAUUGCUAAACGACUGGUUUGUUAGUAUCAAAGUGGACCGCGAGGAACGGCCUGAUGUUGAUAAGGUGUACAUGACGUAUGUGCAAGCAUUGUAUGGAGGUGGUGGUUGGCCACUCAGUUGUUUCCUCUCACCUGAUUUGAAGCCUUUAAUGGGUGGAACAUACUUCCCUCCAGAGGACAACUUUGGGCGACCAGGAUUCAAAACUAUACUUCGAAAAGUAAAGGAGGCAUGGGAGUCUAAAAGGGAAGUGCUGGUUAAUAGUGGAGCUUUUGCAAUAGAACAGAUGUCAGAGGCUUUGUCUGCAAGUGCCAGCUCUAAUAAGUUAACAAGUGAUGUAGCUCAAAAUGCAUUGCGUCUCUGUGCUGAACAGUUGAGUCGGAGAUAUGAUUCGAAAUUGGGAGGGUUUGGAUCUGCCCCGAAGUUUCCAAGACCUGUUGAAAUUCAGCUAAUGCUUUAUCAAGCAAAGAAUCUGGAGGAGGCCGGGAAAUUAAACGAAUCAAAGAAACAUCUAGAAAUGGUGUAUUUUACCUUGCAAAGUAUGGCAAAAGGUGGCGUCCAUGAUCACGUUGGAGGUGGUUUUCAUAGAUACAGUGUGGAUGAUUAUUGGCAUGUUCCACACUUUGAGAAAAUGUUGUAUGAUCAAGGGCAGCUUGUUAAUGUCUAUUUGGAUGCCUUCAAUUUUACAAAGGACACCUUCAACUCAAAUGUUGCUAGGGAUAUUCUCGACUAUUUGAGGAGAGAGAUGAUUGGACCAGAGGGCGAAAUAUAUUCAGCUGAAGAUGCUGAUAGUGCAGAAUCUGAGGGUGCCACAAGAAAGAAGGAAGGAGCUUUCUAUGUUUGGACGAGUAAAGAGGUUGAAAGCAUCAUUGGUGAACAUGCAAAUCUGUUCAAAGAACAUUAUUAUAUAAAACCUUCGGGGAACUGUGACCUAUCUAAAAUGAGUGACCCUCACAAAGAAUUUAAGGGUUUGAAUGUGCUCAUAGAGAGAAGUGAUGCUUCUGCAAUGGCAUCAAAGCUUGGCAUGUCCAAGAAUGAGUAUUUUGAUGUAUUGGGGGCCUGUCGAAAAAAACUUUUUGAUGUUAGAUCAAAAAGGCCACGCCCACAUUUGGAUGAUAAGGUGAUUGUUUCAUGGAAUGGACUUGUGAUUUCCUCUUUCGCAAGAGCUUCUAAGAUUCUCAUGGGGGAGCCAGAGGGUACCCAAUUCAGUUUUCCUAUCGUUGGAUGCAAUCCUGAGGAAUAUCUAGAAGUUGCAAGCAAAGCCGCAUCUUUCAUCAAAAGACAGCUCUAUGAUGAUCAAACAAAAAGGUUACAACACAGCUUUCGGAAAGGUCCAUCAAAAGCCCCUGGAUUUUUGGAUGACUAUGCUUUUUUAAUUCAAGGGCUGCUGGAUCUGUAUGAGUUUGGUGGUAGGACCAACUGGUUAUCAUGGGCCAUUGAACUACAAAAUAUCCAGGACGGGUUGUUUCUUGAUCACGAGGGAGGAGGUUAUUUUAACACCACUGGAGAAGAUUCUUCUGUGCUUCUCCGUGUGAAAGAAGAUCAUGACGGAGCGGAGCCUUCUGGGAAUUCUGUAUCGAUAAUAAAUCUUGUGAGAUUAUCAUCUAUGGUUGCAAGUAGCAAGUCUGAGAAAUACCGGCGAAAUGCUGAACAUGUUCUGGCAGUUUUUGAGAAAAGAUUGAAAGACAUGGCUAUGGCUGUUCCUCUGAUGUGCUGUGCUGCAGAUAUGCUUAGUGUUCCUUCGAGGAAGCAAGUUGUUCUUGUUGGGCCUAAACCUUCUCUGGAGUUCCAUAAUAUGAUAUCUGCCAGUCAUGCAUCUUACUAUCCGAACAAAACGGUAAUUCAUGUGGAUCUAACCAACAAAGAAGACAUAGAAUUCUGGGAAAAGAAUAAUGAAAACAUUGCCCAGAUGGCCAAGGGUAGUCCAGCAGCGGACAAAGUGGUUGCUUUUGUUUGUCAAAACUUCACAUGUAGUGCUCCAGUCAGCGACCCCGAGGCUCUGAGGACUUUACUCGACCCAAAACCAUCUCGCAAGUAAAGUUAUCUUUUCACCUUUCCAGCCAGCAGGUCCAGUAUUAGUAGUGUAUCUGUACAUAGUGUGUUCUUUUGGAAACGCUCUCUUGGUCGAUUAGUUUGCUCUUGUACAAAUUUUUUGGUGAUGUGAAAAGAUCUUCUGUAGCAGCAGUAAUAAUAAGUGAUAAUAGAGAAGAGUUAAAACAAACAAAAAGAAGUCUGUUGUGGGUUUGUAAUAAGGGUCGGGAAGACACAACUUUUUAACAAAAACGUUCGACAAAUCUUACAAGUCGUUGGAUUAUUUAUAAUUAGCUGUCUCAGUUUUUAAUAGAAGGCCGUUAUUGGGGCGUCA